AUGACCUCCUGCCCCCUGACGAUGCUCUACAAUGCCCUGAUUCGUACCCACCACAUCACCUCCCGCAAAAAGGUCGCAGCCUUGAAACGUGCCGCCGACACACACCAAUGCUAUGUGCUCCUACGCUCCGGGGGCUGCCCAGGUAUCAUGUACGUCGAGGGCCGAGAUAAGGAGCAUGUCGAGUCAUGGGUAGAUAUUGUGCGCAAACUGCGCUACAAAGACUUCCAGCUAGUGACGCGGCCGGGUCAGUUAGCGUGUGAAGAUGCUGGCCCACAGAAUUCGAGUCCAACGACAGGAAACGUGCGAACCCAUAAGACGCAGAAUAUGGGACUAUCGGAGGUGGAGAGUGUGAAGCAGUUUGGAAGCUGCAUGGCUGAACGGGGGGUAUGGAAUUGGUGGAGAAAAGGCAUGGGAUAUGCCUGA